AUGAACAAAAUUGAUGAGGCUUCUGAACAAUGUUCUAAAAUUUUGGAGAAAAACCCACUUGAUCAGGUAGGCAUCUAUUAUAAUAUCUUUUUUUACAUGAUUUUAAGGUUUUUUGACGUUUUAAAAUUAAAAAAAUACAAUUUUAUUGUUUCAAAAUGUGUUUUAGGUAUCAUAAAUACUUUUUUUAGGUAUAAUUUUUGUAUAAAGUGUAUAAUAACUGCUUUUCAGGUAUAAAUUUAGAUAAAAACCCUUUUAAAGCAAAUACAUAUUUUAGGCCGCCUGGUCUCUCAAACUAGCCUGUUUCACCGAAGAAGUCUUCAUCGACGAACUAGAAAAUGACGAAGCAGGUCUAGCUGAUGCCUACAUGGAUGACCAUGCCAUAGCUACAGGAGCACGACCGGGAACAUCGCUGAAUCGACCGGUCACAACUGGCGGAGGUCCUUCGCCAGCUCUCCGGCCUAGAACUCAGUCUGGACGACCUUUAAGUGGAGUAGUAAGACCAGACAGUCGGCUCAAGACUGGUACCAUGGAACAGCAGCUACGGACGUCUAGGACGGCCAGAACUUCUCGACCGAUAUCUUCAGCGACGGCACGGCAGGUGAGGUUGGGGACAGCGUCGAUGAUCGCUCAACAAGAUCAAUUUCUGAAUUUGUCACGGUUGAACAUUGACAAGUAUGCGGCUGAUCCUACUGUGAACAGGUACUUGUUUGAGUACGUGUUUCUGCAUGAAGGCGAUAUGAAGACUGCGCAUCAGGUAAGGCAAUUUUUAAUUUGAACAAUUAGUACAAGUUGAGAUAGGGAUAGGGUAGGAUAAUGUGAUAUGGUUUAAUACAGGGAAAAGUAUUGUAGAGGCAGGUACGGCAUAGUACUAUAGGUAAGGUUAGGAUAAGGUGGAGUAGGUUUUAGUAGGGUAGGGUAAAGUAAGGUAACAGGUAAGGUAGGAUAGAGAAGGGUAACGUAAGGUAAGAUAGGGUAGGAUAAGAUAGAGUAAGACAGAGUAGUACAGUAAAGUAAGAUACGGUAGUUCAACAUAAAGCAAGGUAAUGACUAUAAUAAGGUAGGGUAGAACAAUGUAGUACAUGUUACGGAACUGUUAUGUAAACAUAACAAGAUAUAUUACAGUACUAUGUAUUCUAGAUAGCAGCAUCAGCAACAAAAGCAGCAGAAUACGGAGAUUGGUACUGGAAGAAUCAGCUAGGAAAGUGUUAUUAUAGGUAAGGAUACUUAUACGCUUUCAUUCACAUAAGAUCACAUGAGAUCUUAUAUAUACUGUUAUCUUGUGUUACAAGUAAAAUACGGUUUUUGCUGACAUAAUGAAAGAACACUUGAUUACUAAUGUUAUACUCUUAUUUUUUUAUUUAAAUUUAAAUUUAAAAAAUAUUUUAGAUUAGGAAUGCUUCGUGAAGCUGAACGUCAAUUCUCUUCAUCUCUACGAAACAUUAAACUAGUCGAAACAUUCGCUUAUCUUGCCAAGGUGUAUAUCAGACUAGAUCAACCGUUAAGCGCCAUCGAUCACUAUAAAACUGGACUGGACUCGUUUCACAGCGAUGUUACUCUACUUACUGGACUUGCUAGGAUCUUUGAGGUAUUUCUGGGCUUAUAAUUGGUUUACUUAUUGGGCAUGGGCAACAUGUAGGAGCGGCUAGACUUGAGAAAAUCAAGGUCUAGAAACCAUUUUUUUGAAUUUCCCGCCACAUUGGCGUUGUGUUUCAGCGAAUUGCAGAUUGGGUACUGAAAUAUAUAUUAAGUAUACUUUUUUUAUCAUGAUAAUAAGUAAAAACGUCAUUUUUAGCAACUUGGAGAGAAUGACAAAUCGAUUGAAUUCUACAAACAAGUACUGGAUCAAGAAGCGUCGAACGUGGAAGCUAUUGCUUGUAUUGGGACCAACUUCUUCUACAGUGAUCAGCCUGAAUUGGCCGUCAAGUUUUAUCGGUAAGGCAGUAUUUUCUUACACUAUUAGAUAGGGCAUGGCAAAAAAAGAAAAAAAAUUUUUUUUUGAAAAACAAAUAAUUUUUUUAGCUUAUAUUUAUAUUUGUUUGGGUAUGUCGUCAAUUAAAAAAAAGUUAGAGUAAGUAAAAAAAGUUUUAAAAAUUUUGAUUUUUUGUCAAAAAAAAAUGUAUGAUAUCUAUUAUUUCAGACGUAUUUUACAAAUGGGAGUGAACACAGCCGAGUUGUAUUUAAACGUUGGUUUGUGUUGUUUCUACUGUCAACAAUUAGACUUGUCAUUGGGUUGUAUUGAACAAGCACAUGCUGUAGCAGAUGAUGAGCUACAGCCAGACUUAUGGUACAAUACUGCUCAUAUUGCUUUUGUAAGUAACUGGCUUUACUAAAAUCAUACACUUAAUUAUUAACUGUGGUGGAUAGUAUAGUAUAUUUUUUAUAGUAAAAUACGUCCUGUCUACAUUUCGCGAUUUUGGAGUUACUUUUUCCUUCAUUAUGUAAUUUGAUGACGGUAGUCCUCAUUUUUGACAUCUAAAUACAGACAGACGGUAGACAAUGAAGACUUAUCUUUUAUGAUUAUACAAUAAAAAACACGGAGAAAAAGACAAAAUAAAAAAUUUUAAAUAAUUUAACCGCAACAUAGAGAAAACGACCGAUAAAUUUUUGUAACAGAACUUUUGGCGCAUCUUCUACUUUUUUAGGGAAAUGGUGACAUUUUGCUGGCGGAAAGAUGCCUCAGAAUCGCUUUGGCUUCGAAUCCUGAUCACGCUGAAUCCUUGUGUAAUUUAGGGAUUAUCAAAAUGCGGACUGGUUAUCUAGAUCAAGCUAAAAAUUUAUUUCAAACAGCUACCAAAAAAGCCCCACAUUUGUUUGAGGCUUACUUCAAUUUGGCACUGCUUUGUUAUCAGGUGAGUCACACAAGGGUGUUUUUUUGGAUAGGGUAAUGGAAAGUAAGGCAAGAUAGGGUAAGAUAGAGCAGAGUAGAAGAAUAGGGUAAGGUAAAAUGUGGCAGGAUAAGGUAAUGUAAGGUAGGGUAUCAUAUGUAGAGCAGGGUAUGGUAUUGUAGGAUAUUGAAAACCUAUUAGUAUCCUUUUAUGUGUUACAGAUAGGACAAUACUACGAGAGUUACACGGCUGUAAAACAGUCUUUGGAACAGUUUGCUGACCACGAACCUUCAAAGAUAUUGUUGUCGUACCUUCAAAAAAUGUUUUCUUCAAAAUAA